CCUUAGAUAAUCAGCCGGUCAAAUCGACAGGCUAAAGACUCGCCGCUCAUCGACCCGUUCAAAACCCGAAAACUAAAAAGAAGGGAAAACAACCGCCAUGGCCACGAUCCCCCGCGCUCAGCCCCAGAUCCGAACCCAUCGCCAGUGAAUGGAACCCAAGUCCCCGCCCUCUCAUUCGUCGUCUCCCUCCGCCCAGUCCCGCAGCAUCCCGGUCGAAACCGAGAUCAUCACCGACGCCGAGAUGGCGUUUCUCGACGCCGCCCUCGCCUCGGCUCGACCUCUGCUCUCCUCCUCCAUCCUCCCUCCCUCCCGAUUCCCCCUCUUGCCCUGCUCUCUCCCUUUGGCUCUGUCGUCGCCUCCCAGGCACGUGACUUCCCUCAGCUGCAGCUCGGGCUCUAGUUCGCCGGUGAAAGAUAUCGAGGAUGCCGACAAAUCGGUCCGGCCAAAGUCGCUUUUAGAGAGAUUUAGGGCUCGGAGAGGGCUCAUGGUCACCGACAUCACGAGCUCGGAAUGGUGUCAAAAGAAAACAGAGUUUGGGCUCGUCAAGGGGAAGCCGAAAAAGACUGCAGCUAUGGAAGCAGGCAGCAAUCGCCAUGCAGCUCUAGAAAAAGAGGUUGUAGAAAGGGUAGAAAUUCCUACCGAGUCUCUUGAGGAGAUUUGGGCAGUAAAAUUUUUCAAUUUUAUUGUUGGUGCAAAACAGUUGCUAUUAGAAGGGCUUACCCGUGAGGUUCCAGUCAUAGGAGUUUUUGGAGGUACAUGGAUAGUCGGGGUGAUUGAUGAGGUUCGAAUGCCAUUAAAUGAAGCUAGUCUAAACCCAAUUCUGGUGGACAUAAAGACUCGUUACAAGGCGACACCUCCAACAGAAGCACAAAAGAGAAAUGCAAGGCUUCAAGUGAUGUUGUAUAAAUACUUAUGGGAUGGUUUAGCUGCUAGCAAUUUCCCCACUGCAUACUUCUACAAACAUUUCAAAUUGGAUCCCCAUUAUAUUUUAUCAGAAGAUGUCAAACGAUACGCUGCUUCAUUACGUUUUGAUGUGAAGACAUUGGAAGAUGUGGUGACAGGCUUUACCGAUAGCUGCUCCUUCUUGUGUCCAUCUACUGACCAGCUUCUUUUAAGAUAUGAAUUGCAAUCAGACUGUUCGCUACUAGAAGAACAUUGGUUUCGGUAUGAUGUUUGCUGGUUAAAGGAUCAGAUGGAAGAAAUCUUGAAGUUCUGGUCUGGAGGAAAGGAAGCUACCUAUGUUUCAGAGGCUGAAAGUUGGAAAUGUCGUUUCUGUGAGUUCAAUGACGUAUGUCCAAUAACCUCGAGCUCGUCACCUGAGCAAAGAUAAUAUGGAGAAAAUAUGCUCUUUCUAGGAUGAUGCUACAACCUCGAAGGAGGUACAUAUUUGAGGUUAAUAUUCAAUUAAUGAUGCCUGCGGAAAGAUUGUACCAGUUACGCUUGUGACUGCUAACAGGAGGCUCGCUCAGCAUUCUGGUUUUUGUACAUUCUUUUGUUGAACAAAUGCUUUCAAGUUAUUUUAGGCCGAGAAUUAUUGUUUCUUAUCACCUUUUUUUUCAUGCUUCUCCAACACCUUGUUCACCCUCAGUCUAUACAUAGUGAAAACAUUGGUGAUGAAUAGAUUUUCUUAUCCA